GUUUCCAACGUAAUGCAGCAGAACUUUGAUUGGUCCGUGGAGCUAUUCUACAAAGCACAGGAGCGUAUCCUUUACUUGUACUCUGUAUGGCCGCACGGAGUGGGCUGGGGACGUGUGCUGCAUAGGAUAAGAUUCUGGCUUACGCUUUGCUUCUGGAUAUUACUGUUCGAUUUGAUACUCUCAAUUUACAUUGUGCUCAACAUAACCGAUUUAAAUGAAAUAAUGAAGGCUUUCUUUCUGCUGGCCACAUGUAUUGCAUACACUGUCGUACACGUCAAGUUCAACGAUGUUAGUUUUCUUCAAAUCAUUGCUAAUCUUCAAGAUGCGCAAUUUUGUUCCGAGAGUGCUGAGGAGCAGCGCAUCUUUGUGGUUGCCCGUGAGCUGAGUCGGGUUGUACGCAACCGGUAUGGGGUUAUAUCUGUGAUGUCUUUAGUUACUGUGCAGAUAACCCAAUAUAUAAUCGAUAAUACUGAGCUGCCUGUGUCGACAUAUGAUCCCUUUGACGGUGCUCACGGCUCCUUGGGCUACUGGGUUAUGUACUUCUAUCAAUGUGUUGCCAUGUCCAUGGCCUGCUUCUUCAAUAUAUCCUUCGAUUCGCUAUGCUGCUCCCUGUUCAUUUUCGUGAGAUGCCAACUGGAUAUUUUGGCAUUGCGACUGCAAAGCAUCGGACACAAUUGCAACGGUGUCGAGGAAAGUGUGGAAGAAGUGGAGCAUCAGCUGAAGAACUGCAUCCGUUUGCAUAUGAAGAUUGUAGAACUGGCUGCGGAUAUUGAGGCUGUGCUCUAUCUGCCUAUGUCAAUACAAAUAAUGUUUUCCGUGCUGGUUCUUACAUCUGGCUUUUAUGCCAUUUCACUGCUUUCAGAUGAGAAAUUGAUAUUCCUAAAAUUCUUCAUUUACCAAAGUUGCAUGCUCACGCAGGUCUUCGUAUUAUGUUACUUUCCGGGAGAGGUAGCACAGCGCAGCUUGAAACUGUCCCAUGAUCUGUAUAAGUCCAAUUGGGUGAACUGGCAGCGCAGCAAUCGACGCCUGCUGCUGAUGCUAAUGCAACGUCUGGAUAUACCCAUACGGAUCAGGACCCUGGAUGCCAGCCUUGGUUUUGACUUGGCGCUAUUCACUUCGCUAAUUAUAUGCCAUAUGCCAUAUGCCAUGUCCUUGGCCUGGGGUCCUCUAUAA